GUGAAUACUAAUCAGAUAAUGAAAGCCUCACUGAACUCCCUAUUCUCUGCUCCCCCAUUUCGCACGAAGCGGAGUCAUCUAGGCACCGCCGCAAACACAUGGCGGCCGCCGCCGCAAGCAGCGAGCGGACCAGCGCCAAGAUCCUGCUCACCUCGCUCUCGGCCAUGGUCGCCGAAUCGGCCACAUUCCCCAUCGACCUCACCAAGACGCGCCUCCAGCUCCACGGCCAGUCCCUCCCCUCCUCCUCCUCCUCCUCCGCCGCCGCCACCGCCGUCCGCGUCGCCGCUGACAUCGUCCGCCGGCAGGGCGUCCUCGGCCUCUACCAGGGCCUGUCUCCCGCGAUCAUCAGGCACCUCUUCUACACCCCGAUCAGGAUCGUCGGCUACGAGAACCUGAGGAACGCGGCCGACGCGGGCGAUCGGUCCCUCCCUCUCCUCGGCAAGGCUCUCGCCGGCGGGGUUUCUGGAGUCGUAGCUCAGGUUGUGGCGAGCCCUGCAGAUCUUGUCAAGGUGAGGAUGCAAGCGGAUGGCCGUAUAGUAAGCCGAGGGCUUCAACCUCGGUACUCUGGGCCUUUGGAUGCUUUCAGGAAGAUUGUACACGAAGAAGGUGCCUCAGGGCUUUGGAGAGGGGUUUUUCCAAAUGCACAGAGGGCGUUUCUUGUGAACAUGGGGGAAUUGGCGUGCUACGAUCAGGCUAAGAGAUUCGUUAUUCAGAAUCGAAUUGCUGAAGAUAAUAUAUAUGCCCACACCUUGGCGUCGAUCAUGUCGGGUCUAUCAGCUACAGCUCUGAGCUGUCCUGCCGAUGUGGUUAAGACAAGAAUGAUGAAUCAGGCAACAAACAAGGACGGUAAGGCAUUGUACCUAAGCUCUUACGAUUGCCUGGUGAAGACCGUAAAAUUCGAAGGCAUAAAAGCUCUUUGGAAGGGCUUUUUCCCGACAUGGGCGAGGCUUGGUCCUUGGCAAUUUGUGUUCUGGGUUUCUUAUGAAAAAUUUAGAAAUGCAGGCAUGUCAUCAUUCUGAUAAACUAUUUGAGCGGUACAUUAUGUCUACAAUCACUUUGCAUUGGAUGCAAGGUUAAAUCUCAAGUGAGAAUAAGAUAAUCAGAUUCCUUGCUUUCCAAGAUUGAGCGCACCAAAUGUCUCCGCUUUUUGCAGCAUGGUCAAUUUUCUCUGAGCUGCAAUAGGUAGUCAUAAGUCAUUAUCGCUUGCUCUUCUCCUUGAAAGUUCGUCUGGUGAAUUAAUGCUGUAGCCAACAAGGCAAGAACAAUAUGAAAAUAAUCCAUUUUGGGAUUGCGCUGGGGAAGAUGGUGGAGGUGGUCAUCAAAAUGUUGUUGCUUGUUUUUGGCUUUUAAAUAGAAAUGAGAUUUCUCUUUGUUUGAACUCCCUCUUCUCUCCAAAUUCCUGACAAAAACUUAUUACGACUUUUGUCUUGCUUCAAAGACAUUUCUCA